AUGGAUCCAUCACGGCGAAUUACCGCUACUUUGAAAUCUGAGUCCUCACUGGUUCCACCUAAAGAAACAUCCCAAGAAGUUACAUCCACCUCCCAGCCAUCCUUCUCUCAAGUGCAAAGCUGCAAUCUCACUAACUUCAACCGCAGUCCUAAUAGCAAGUACCUCAGCUCUCUACCACAAGAACUCCGCCAGGAGCAGUACAGAGAUGAGAUGGCUGAACAAGAGAAGCAAUGGGAAAAGCCAGAAUCCCCUCAGAGGAAAAAGACACUCGUGGAGAACAAGAGACAGAAAACCCUCAAUUAUAAGUCACCUUUUCGAGCUGGAAGGGAAGGAAAAAUCUCUUCCUUAUAUAAUAAAGAUUGGAAUAAAUGUAAAUGUCAUUACUGCCAGAUCCAAAAAGAGACUGUUUCUGGGAAUCCUGAAGGGCAGAAUUCAUCCUCUUGGAAAACGCUAGUACAGGACCUCAGUCAAUUGAACCUCAGCCCUGAUACCACACAGGCCCGCUGUGUGCCAGAAGAAGAGCUACCACGUGAGUAG